AGUCAGUUCCACCGCAGCUAGAACUCCGAGUGGUUUUCUAGAAGCGGAGCUCGGCGGUGCGGUCGGCUUCACCGCAGUGUUCCCCGGCCGGGUGUCUCGCCGCACCCUCGGGAGAGGAGACGGACCUCUCCUCCUUCUGUCAGAGACAUGUCUGCGGCAGCUCAGCCACCCACCGAAGGGGCAGAAGGGGCUGCCCCAGGUGGGGGUCCCCCUGGCCCUCCUCCUAAUUUGACCAGUAACAGACGACUACAGCAGACUCAGGCACAAGUGGAGGAGGUGGUGGACAUCAUGCGUGUAAAUGUGGACAAGGUCCUGGAGAGGGACCAGAAGCUGUCAGAGCUGGAUGAUAGAGCCGACGCUUUGCAGGCGGGCGCAUCACAGUUUGAGAGCAGCGCUGCCAAGCUAAAGAGGAAGUAUUGGUGGAAGAACUGCAAGAUGAUGAUCAUGCUGGGAGCCAUCUGUGCCAUCAUCGUGGUAGUUAUUGUAAUCUACUUUUUUGCUUGAGAAUGUGCCACCCCUUCCCUGUUCUCCAUUGCCAUCCAAACUCAUGUCCCUGUCCUGCUGUUUCUCCCCAGAACUUCCCCGUCUGCCUUCCUCCAUCCC